AUGUUGUUUGGGACCAAAGCGAAUGCUAUGCUUAUCACACUCACACGUCAACAACACUCACUUCCCAGUAGCACCGUUAACUCCUUCUUCCAUCACCGCAAGUCUCCACUUAAUCUUCUUCAAGCCAAAAGAUUGCACGCUCUUCUUCUUGUCCUUGGUUUCUUUCACCCCACUUCUCCUCAUAAGUCCUUCGCUUCCAACCUUGUCAAUGUAUAUGUUAACUUUGGUUGCCUCCAACAUGCGUUUCUCACUUUCCGUCAACUACCCCACAAGCCCAACAUUGCUUGGAAUGCCAUUCUCCGAGGUUUGGUUGGUGCUGGCCACUUCCCCAAAGCCAUUCACUUUUAUCACUCCAUGCUCCAAAAAGGAGUAACCCCUGACAAUUACACUUACCCACUUGUCCUCAAGGCUUGUUCUUGCUUGCGUGCACUUGACCUAGGUAGAUGGAUUCAUGAUACCAUCUUGUACAAUGAGUUGCAUUGUAAAAUAAAGCGUAAUCUUUAUGUUCAGUGUGCUGUGAUUGACAUGUUUGUGAAGUGUGGCAGCUUGGAAGAUGCACGUAGAUUAUUUGAAGAAAUGCCGGAUAGAGACUUGGCUCUGUGGACUGCCAUGAUAUGUGGAACUGCGUGGAAUGGUGAGUGGUUUGAAGCGCUUUCCCUGUUCACAAAGAUGAGAUCACAAGGGCUGAAGCCUGAUUCAGUGAUUGUGUCAUCUAUGUUACCAGUAUGUGGCAGAUUGGAGAAUGUGAAUCUGGGGAUGGCAUUGCAUGGCUGUGCUGUGAGGAGUGGCUUUGACAGUGAUUUGUAUGUGUGCAAUGCUGUCAUAGACAUGUACUGCAAAUGUGGUGAUCUACUUGAGGCCCAUCGUGUGUUUAAUCAUAUGGUUUAUAGGGAUGGAGUUUCUUGGACUACCUUGAUCGCUGGAUACUCACAAAAUGGGCUAUACCAAGAGAGUUAUGAACUGUAUAUUAGAAUGGUAAAUAUGGGUUUAACAACAAGUGCAAUUGUUGCCUCGAGUGUUCUUCCUGCUUUGGGAAAGCUCAAGUUGUUGAAACGGGGGAAGGAGAUGCACAGCUUUGUUCUUAAAGAAGGACUUCUAUCAGAUGUAGUCGUAGGAAGUGCAUUGAUUGAUAUGUAUGCUAAUUGUGGGUCAAUCAAGGAAGCGGAGUCAAUAUUUGAGUGCAUGUCAGAUAAGGAUACCACGGUGUGGAAUUCAAUGAUUGUGGGGUAUAAUUUAGUUGGUGAUUUUGAGUCAGCAUUUUUAACCUUUAGAAGAAUCUGGGGAGCUGAACUUAGGCCAAAUUCCAUUACUUUAGUAAGUGUUCUUCCUAUAUGCACCCAAUUGGGAGCUCUCAGACAAGGAAAGGAAAUCCAUGGUUAUGUGACCAAAAGUGGUCUAGGAUUGAAUGUUUCCAUUGGAAAUUCUCUAAUAGAUAUGUACAGCAAAUGCGGAUUUCUAGAACUUGGAGUGAAGGUCUUUAACCAGAUGAUGGUAAAGAAUGUCAUUACAUAUAACACUGUGAUCACAGCUUAUGGAGCUCAUGGUCUGGGAGAAAAGGGUUUGACAUUUUAUGAGCAAAUGAAGGUGGCAGGAAUAAAACCAAAUAAAAUCACUUUUAUUUCGCUAUUAUCUGCAUGUAGUCAUGCAGGUCUACUUGACAGAGGUUGGCUGUUGUAUAAUUCUAUGAUUAUUGAUUAUGGAAUUGAGCCUGAUACGGAGCAUUACUCGUGCAUGGUGGAUCUCAUUGGUAGAGCUGGAGAUCUUGAUGGUGCAUACAAGUUCAUCACUAGCAUGCCUAUGAUACCAGAUGCCAAUGUUUUGGGAAGCUUUGUAGGUGCUUGUGGACUUCACAACAAAGUGGAAUUGGCUGAGCUUCUUGCAGAGCGUAUUUUCCAAUUAAAUCUUGAUGAUUCAGGCCACUAUGUUCUUUUAUCAAAUUUAUACGCCUCUAGGAAACGAUGGGAAGAUAUGUCAAAGGUGAGAAGCAUGAUAAAAGUUAAAGGGUUGGAGAAAAAACCAGGAAGUAGCUGGAUUCAGGUAGGUCACCACAUUUACGUUUUCCAUGCUAACAGUACCUUUCAUCCGGCAUUUGCAAAGAUUAAAGAGACUCUGGAUAGCCUAUUGUUAGUAAUGAAGAGAGAAGAUUAUACGUUAACCAAUGUUAAUGAUCAACAUUUUACGUAA